AUGGGUGUCGAGAGCUCCAUAAGUUCCAAUGUUUUGCUUCGCCUUGUCAUUUCCAUUUUGACGAUUAUUUCUUUGGAAGACUGGGUUCCAUUAGUGAGCUUCACAUAUGGGUCCUGCAAGUCUGACGAGUGCGGUAAGGUCAUGAUAGGUUAUCCUUUCGGGAACCACUCUGAACCAUGUUGUCCUCAAGACCGACUGUUGAAACUAAAUUCUCUCAAGAAGGGCCCUCUUGUUUAUGAUAAUCAAUCUCUUAGGUUGAUCUCAGAGUUUGGGAGAACGGGCAAUGCUUGUUUUACGUCAGCUAAAGAGUCUUCUAAAAAGCCCGGCGCAUCUGAUACUGAUGUUCCCGGCAUUGAAGUGCUCUCAUCUCUUAAAUCCCGUCAUAAGCCCCACCUAGCGUUUCUCCGUAACUGCACUAGCUCCCCAAAUGGUGAUUAUUCACAUCCUAACUUGACUUGCCCCUCCUUUGGCGCCAACCAAUCUUAUGUCGCUCUCAUAGGUAGACCAGAAGACCUAAAUCUUACUCGGUUAGUUUGCGAGAGUCAGGUUAUUGUACCAGUUGAAUUAGCCAAAGAGGAUAGGGAGAAAAAAGAAAAUGAUAAAUCAGCCAAGGAGAAGUUGAAGCACGGGUUUAGACUGCAAUGGAAUUUAACCUCCUGGGAGAGUUGUGUUAAAUGCAACAUUAGUGGAGGCAAAUGCUGGGAAGCGGAUGGAAGUUUUCUGUGCAUCUGUUCUGGUAAAGCUUAUCCGCGUACAUGCAAAGGAGGAAACAACCAUGCACCUUUGAAGAUUGGAUUAGGUAGCGGAUUUGGUGCCUUGGCCUUGGCCAGUAUUUUGCUCUGUUCAUUCAUCUAUAUGAUCCGCCACAAACAACGGCAUUGCUUCUCAAUAUUCUGCUCAAGACAUGCUCCUUCCGAUUCUUCCUUGAAAGCAAACCUUGAAGUGGGCAAUGUAUACUUCAGGGUCUCCAUUUUCACCGAAGCUGAGCUUGAAGAAGCUACUAACCAUUUCGAUUCUGCCUGGGAGCUCGGAGAUGGAGGUUUUGGAAUUGUGUACUAUGGCAAACUUCGAGAUGGCCGGGAAGUAGCUGUUAAGCGUCUAUAUGAGCACAACUAUAGGCGGGUGAAGCAGUUCAUGACAGAAGUUGAAAUCUUAACUCGCCUGCGCCACAAAAACCUUGUCUCUUUGUAUGGUUGCACUUCACGGCAGAGUCGUGAACUCCUGCUGGUCUAUGAGUACAUACCGAAUGGCACAGUAGCCGAUCAUCUGCAUGGGGAGCGAGCGAAGCAGGACCCUCUCCGGUGGCAUAUUCGUAUUAGCAUCGCCAUAGAAACGGCCACCGCAUUGGCUUACCUUCAUGCGUCUGACAUAAUCCACCGUGACGUGAAGACUAACAACAUCCUCCUUGACAACAAUUUUUCCAUCAAAGUAGCAGAUUUCGGCCUUUCUCGGCUGUUCCCCAACAAUUUGAGCCACGUCUCAACCGCUCCUCAGGGGACUCCGGGUUAUGUGGACCCUGAGUAUCACCAGUGUUACCAGCUUACAGAGAAGAGCGAUGUCUAUAGUUUCGGGGUAGUACUAGUGGAACUCAUAUCAUCCAUGCCGGCGGUCGAUAUAAGCCGAGACAGGCACGAGAUUAAUUUGGCCAACUUAGCAACUAGCAAGAUAAGGAACCACGAGUUCCGCGAAUUGAUGGAUCCAAAUUUGGGGUUUGAGUCGGAUCCCGAAAUCAAUAGGAUGAUCAUGGCUGUAGCCGAGCUGGCUUUCAGGUGCUUGCAACAGGACAAGGACAUGAGGCCCUCCAUGGAGACUGUCCUGGAGGAGUUGAAGGCAAUUUCGAGCGGGACACAUGAGCUGGACAAGUCGAAGGAUGUGAGCUAUGAUAACAGCGCCGGUCGAAGCGAGAACCCACCUCCUCUGCCAGAAUGUGACAAUGUGGGGCUGUUGAAGAAUAUGAAGUCGCCGACUUCACCUGUUUCUGUGACUCAAAAAUGGGGAAGCAGCGGUUCUUCCUCUGCACAUAGUGGUUAACUUGUAGUCUUAUCAGUUCUCUCCUGUAAAUUUCCCUUCUCCUCCAUCUUGACUUAAAGUUUGCUUGCAUUUGGUUAAUGGUUUC